AUGUCGUCGCCGCCAAACGGACGCCAGAACGGGAACACAAACGGAUGGAUGACACAACGCGAAAGAAUCAUAGAUGGACUCCAUAACGUUGAAGACACCACACGCGAGUCUCUCUUGCACGGCGGUAUGGUCGUCACUCGCAAAGCAAAAACCCUCUGGACCCACUUCAAGGACUUUAUCGACAAUGGGAACGUCGUCGGUUUGGCUGUGGGGUUGAUACUGGGAGUAGCGUUCACAUCAUUGGUGAACUCAUUGGUCAACGACAUCAUUUCACCACCUCUGGGAUUGGCAGUCGGACAUGCGAGUCUGGACGAUCUCUUUGUCGUCAUCAAGGAUGGAAAGAACGCUUCAACAACGUAUCUCACAUUGGAUCAAGCCCAUGAUGACGGUGCAGUCUGCAUUGCAUACGGACGGUUCUUCCAAAUGACGUUCAACUUCUUCAUCGUCGCGUUCGUCCUCUUCUCCGUCAUUCGAGUAUUCCAGUCGUUCCAGCAGGAAGAGAUUAUCAAGAGCAAGGUGAAGUGCAAGUACUGCCGCCAAAAGAUCAGCAAGGUGGCGACGCGGUGUCAGUUCUGUACGUCGUGGCAGGAUGUGCCUGAGCACAACCAUGUCCCCAGUCCGUCUGGUCCCCUUGUCGAUGCCAGUGGUCAUAUGAGCGAUUAG